UCAGUAACUAAACGUGCAGCAGUGCGAACGCGCGCAGCGGCAAAAUUCCAGCGUUCUUGGCUCUCAUCCGGCGUUCUUCCCCUAAUCAAUCAUCCAAAAACCCGCCAUUUAAACACACAACUAAAUAACAUUUUAAAUCGGUUCUCGAGUGAUUAUACAACCAACAUAGAAACAAAUUUACCAAUGUGAACAUGUGCAAUUAGUUUGCAGAAACUAACUAAAGAAAAAACAAAAAACAAAAAAAAAAAGAAAAACUUUUAAAACUCUUGCUUCUGGGAUUAUCAACAAACAAAAGCCAGAAAAAUACUUUUCGCAGGAUUUGUGGCAAGGAUAAACAAAACCUCCAAACAGACAAUCAAAAUGGUCAACAAACAGUAUUCGACCAACGAACUGGAGGCUUUUAUAAAGAUCGCCACCAACUGGCAAAAUUCCAAUCACAACUUGCUGGAGGGCGUCGACUUGAAGACGGAAAUGACACAGUACAUGAACAGUCCAUCCAUGAACAUGUACAAGAAGAGGGAACGCACCCAGAACUGGAACCACCAGGAGAAGAAGUAUCUGCUCGAUCUGUGCCGCAAGGACAUGCGCAUCAUUGAGAACAAAAGAUUGGAUGCCGGUCUAACUGCUGUCAAGAACAAGGCCUGGAAGAUCAUCCAUCAAAAGUUCUCCAAUCAAUUCGGCACAGAUCGCACCUGCAAUCGCCUCAAGGAACAGUGGCGACGCAUGAAAGCCUGCACUCGCAAUGAGAUUCUGGACUACAACAAUCGCUUGGCCAGGUUUGGAGCCGAGGUGGCUGAUCGCAAGAAGCCAUCACCCUUCACUUUCGAGGUGUGGGACUUCAUGCAAGAGGCGAAGAAGGCCUGCAAAUCGGAAGCCCUGGAUGGCAUAGACUACUCCAAGAUUCCGCUGGCCUUGGAGGAGGGAUUUGAGUAUCGGGAUGACUACAAAUUCAAUGUCGAUGAGCACGAUAUGGAUGACAGCAGUCGCACGCCGCCGCAGGAACUGUGCGAUGUGGACAUCAAGGAGGAGGAGAACAACGAGACCUUCAACGAGACCUUCAACAAUCACCAUCUCAGCCAGAGCGACAUCCAUGGCGGUGGCGAGCGUCUGAGUGUGUCGCCCAAUCACAGCAUUAGUCGCAACGGGAUCCACGAGGCCGACAGUCCUGCCACCGCCAUUUCCGCAGCAGGUGGGUUGGACACGAGUGCUGCCUAUCUGCCCGGCGGUGGAGCCGACAUGACCAGCUUUCCCGGCAACUUCAACAUGAACAACAUAUCCGCCACGCUGGAGGCUCUGAAUGCCCUGCGAUCUGGCCAAUUUCCCAGUGCAGCAGCAGCGGCAGCGGCUGCAAUGCACCAGCAGGCCCAAGUGGCCAUGCAUCACCAGCACAAUACUAGCAGCAACAACAACAACAUCAACAACAACAACAACAACAACAACGAGGACGACGAGGAUGGCAUGAAGCCACUGGCCAAAAGGCAGCGCACCAGCAGCGGCAGUGUACUGGGCAGCGAGGACCAGCCAUCCACUUUGGCCGCUACACUGCCUUCAGUGGCGUCCGAUUCGCAGGCCUUGGAGCGGUCCUCCAGCAGCAACAAUGGAGUAGCGAUCGCGGGUACAGCAGCCAGCACGAGUGCCAACAGCAUUGGCGGCGGCAGCAACAACAACUUCGAGCUGCGCAUGUUCAUGGAGAUGCAGAGCAAGGAGCACAUGAUGCGCAUGAAGAUCCUGGAGGUGCAGUUGCAGGCGGCCAAGCACAGUCGCGAUCUGGUGGAGAUCAACAAGACGCUGGCGCUGCAGAAGCUGCAGGAGCUGGCCAGCAAGCGGCUGCCCAGUUAGGAGGCAGUGCACCAGCAGCAGCAGCAGCAACAGCCCAUCGCCGUUUCAUGUUACAUUAGUUUAUAGAAUUAAAAGCCAUCUCGAAGGUCACGUUCGCAGGCAGAGGGCGUGGCCGAAAGAUUGGCUAGAGUUAGCCUUAGAGUUAGUCAUAAGUUGAAAGCAGGAUCUACGGCUACACAUCCACACCGACACACCCAUACACUCACUCACACGCACAGAGAGACAUUCCUGGCAUUGUUGAUCAGUAUUUGAAAGCUAGAAGCGAAUCCCCAACGACUCACAGGACCCAAGAACCCAAGCGAGGAUCAGGAGGCGCUCGGAAGUAUGCCAUAUUCUUAUGAUGAAUCGCCUACCUCACAAGCACAACACACAGCACACAACACACAACACACUCAGCUAGCAGACACACACAGAUACACUCUCUUCUGGCCUAACCAGCACUUGACCAAGUCAAGUCAAGUUUAGUUAGUUUCUAGUUUUAGUUCGUAUGGGAACCACUCUCUCCAAGUUGCUCAACUACCACAAAUGUAUUGUACUUACGUUUCUUGACUUCAGUUUAGGCUCUGCUACCAUAACUAACCUAACGAUUUACACAAAUAUGAAAUGCACAAAUGAUUACUUUUCAUAGUCCUAAGAGAAGAACUCCAUAAAUGUAAAUGCAACAUUACAAUCGGCAGUCGUCUCUGAUUUUAAUUUUUACUUGUACUUGUAUUUAUUUUUAUCUUUGUAUAGACUAUGUUGAUAUAUAUAUGACCCCCCUAUAUAUGUUUGUUUGAAUGCCAUAUUAAAUGAAAGUUCUUUUUAAUAUCUUAUUUUCCAUUUGCGCUGCAAAACAAAUUGUUACCAUAUAUGAUAUAUGUACCGUACGUAUAAGCAAGUUCCCACUAUAAAAAAGGGGACUUGAGAAAGGCCUCGUAGAAGGCAUCUUUGUAAAGCGUGUAAAUGAA